CUCACGCGGGCUUCCUGUGGCUUCUGGGCGCUGUUUAGUCCUCCGAGCUAUUGUACGGAUUGUUUGAUAUGUUUGAUUUUAAGUAAUAAUGAUGAGUCUAAGUUUUUUUGAAGUUACAUUUGGGACUUAGCUACAUUCAAUAUCGCAUCUGAACCAGUUUAUAAAGACAAAAUUCGAGUUGGAGUAAAACUUGUUCAUCCCCGGGCCCGCUCACUUCUGGAGUAUUGAAUACAUUACAGAUGCUCAUCACCUGAACUGAACCCAAGCCACAUUUGGCAGUCACCCUGAUCCCUUCGAAAGCAAUGGCAGACAGUUUUUACAAACUGGAAGACGAAGCCUUCCCAAGUUUCCUCUGCAAGUCUCUGGACAGCACUAGUGGCCGCCCCACACUGGGAAAUGUGACAUUGGGAUCAGGCCCAGGGCUGCCGGUGGCUGCCUCUACAGUGGCUAAAAUUAGACCGGGCCCUGACAACAGAGAAGAUCCUGUUGACGCUUCAUACCUGGAUGGCAGAGUGCUGCAGCAGGUCGACCUACUGUCUCCUGGAGAGGAAAAGCCCAAGUUUGCCCUCAGCUUCAAAGAUGACAUGGACAAUGCAGAUGACUUCAUUGCAGCCCAUCGUCUUUCAGACAAGCUUGUGAAGAUUAAUCUGGAUGAGAGCGCGUCCAGAAACCAAGGCUCCAUGCUGGGCUUUGGUCCAAUGCAGACAGGCUCUGUGUAUGGCCGGCCCACAGAACUUGGAACAGAUCUGUCAACUGGGCUUCUGACUUUUGCUCAUUUUGGCCAUAAAGAUGUCUCGGAUACAAAGUCCAUACAGGUUCAGACUUUACCAGCUACAGUCGAGGACAACCACGUACAGAGCGAAGGAGUGGGGAGUGACCAUUUUAGUGACAGCAACUCAAGCUUCCUGGCCAAUGAGAAGCUCAUGUCUGUGGACAGCAUGAGUAGCGACCUCACAGAUGAUGACAUUGAUUUAAACAACCUGCCUGAUGACGAGCUGGAGCUGUACUUCAAUAAGCUGGUCCCUCCUGCCAUGCAGAGAGGCAGAGUGGAGGGCCAGGAGAUUCCUGCAACAGGUGUACCAGGUGCUGCUCGUGUCCUUUCCAACCCAAGUUCUGCAGAGCCAGAACAGUAUAGAGAUCAGUUCCUUGAUCACUCUGAUCAGGAGGAUUUCCAGAUGCCUGAUGUACGCCUGGCUGCCACAGGCAUGGACUCCUGUCCAGCCAGUGAUGAGGACACAGAGGAUGAGCUGGAAUCUGCAAGAAGGAGCAGUAAUGCUUCUAGGACACGGCUGCUGCCAAGCACAUCCAGACAACUGGUUGGAGAAAGUAACCGUCCCACUUUCAGGCCAGGUCUAGAAGGGGGCAGUUCUGAGGAUGAGGCUUCCAGUGGUCGCGGUGGUCCAUCCUCGUCUGGGAUCGGACACAGACGCUCUGCUGAAGGACAAGUCAUCAACCCUCCUGUCACAGGGGAUGGAGGAGGUGGGGAUGGGAGCAGUGGCAGUGAAGAAAGUGGAAAUGAUGGAGGAGUGUCGACCAUCCCUCUUCCAGCGACUGUCCAGACCACCUACGAUGCCUUGCGCGGGUUGGGGAUUGUGGGUAGCAGUGCUGUUGGUGAAGAUGAGGAUGAUAAUCUGACCAGUCUUUCAGUACAUGGAAGAAUCAGCCUUCCCAGACACACAGAGAUGGGUGACCGCGUGGGCCCUGUUGGAACAGGGGAGACCAGCUCUUCUCUGGGGAUGUCUGGGGCAUCUCAGAGGCUUUCUCCUGCCAGCUGGAGCAAGGCCCUGGACCGACAGGAGGCACUGGAUGCCAUGGAGAACACAGACUCUGGGGCUCCAGUUGACAGACUGUUGGACUCGAUCUACCUGAGGAGCGGCGCGGCACCAAAAAGACCUCAGGAUUCAGCAAACCUUACUGUGUCUCAACUUCAAGGGAGCUUCCACUUCUCCCAGGCACUUCAUCCAGAUUGUGUUGACGGGAAUGAUGAUGGUGUAGAUGAGCCUGAUGGUGCCAGGCCCUCCUUGGGCUUGAGAGGAGGACCCUGUGGUGAUGUGACUGCCGCUGAGGCCUCAGACACUACCAGUGAGGAUGGCAACAAUCCCCUCUCCACAUCCCUGGAAGCCAAGUAUUUCUCUCAGAGCUUCCACCAGGAGCCAGAUGAUUCAGAUGAUGGCUGGAACCGUUGCCCAGAUAACCUAGAGCAGGAAUUUCAACAAGGUGCCAGUGCUACUCAUAAUGUGGUGUAUCUGAAUGAAGAAGGGCAGUGGGUGACAGACCUGGCGUAUUAUUCGUCCUUUGAAAAGGAGGUUGCUGGAAAGACGCCAGAAAGUGCUGCCCCAUUUGAGACCGAGGAUUUUGUUCCUGCAAGUGAUGCUAUGGAAAAGAUAGUGAAGGAUCAAGAAGAAUUUGAAAAGGAGCACCAGUUCAUGCAGGAGGAACAGAUCGAACCAGCCAGCAGCAACAGCACUUUUCACUCUGACUCGUCUUGGAAGUUCCCGAUCAACAGCCACAUCCUGAUGAGAGCCUCCCAGGUCGCAUCAGAAUUUUUGCAAGGAGAUGAAAGCUACCUGCGACUUUCUUUAGGGCAGUUUUUUGGACAGCGCUCUGAAGCUCUGGGCUGUUUGGGAAGCUCGGAUGAUUUAGUUAAAAGGCCAUCCUUUGGCUACAUCAUUACCUCUCCAGAGAAGAGAGAGCCAUUUCCCUUGAUUCACCCCUCAGAGUUCUCACAUAGAGAUGGCUCUCCUCCCAGUGAUACCAUGAAUCUCAGUGAAGCAGACAAAACUCUCAACCCAGAGGACCUAGAUAAAACUCUCGAGGCUUCAGGUGAAAGGAUGUCACCAAAAGGGGACACUGAUCCAGACUCUUGUAAAAAUGAGGAAUAUGGUGUUAGAGCUGCACUUCCAGACACCAGUGAGGGCCCCAGUUCUGAUUCAAGCUUGGGAAACCAGAGCUAUGUGACCCCCGACAAUAACAGCAGUCCACUGAUGCUUAGUAUCAGUACAAUUGCUUCAGCCAUUGCUGAUGCUUCCAUCAGCACUGACCCAUCACAGCUGGCUGCCAUGAUCCUGGAGCUGUCUAAGAAGAGUAGGGUGAGGAAUAACACAGAGGCUGCAAAAGCUGGACCUGCUGUCAGGAAUGCCGAGGAACCUACCUCAGCUACACAUAUCCUCCAUGAGCCAGAUCAGAGUGCCAUGCUAGACGCAAUGCAGAGAAGGACCUGCAUAGGAGAGAUGAGUGGCUUUGAUAUGGAGAAAUACUUGAAAAAGGUUGAUGUAUCUGGCAGCAGUGAUUCCUCUGGGGCACACACUACCUUUGAUUUGAGCAGUUGGGCUGGCAAUUUCAGCAGCUCCCAGAGGAACCCUCAGGCAGGACAUGCUGAGAAUCAGGGGAACGUAGCCCCACACAUGGACUGUGAGGCAAGCGUGACGACUGAGAAAGACCGAAGAGGAGAGGCAACGCUGGCACCCAGUAGACUUAGCCCUCAUUCAUCCUUGAGCUCUGCCAGAAGAUCUGUGGGCUCUUCCACACACAAGCCUCCUACAGACACGGUGUUAUCUUGUGCUGCUUCCUCAGCCACUACUUGUGGUUCAUUAGGUGGACUCAAGCCAGGAGAAGUGAACCCACAAGCAUCCAAUGUUAGCCCUUGUAAAGCCCCAAACAAAACUAAUAAAAGCUCCCCCUUGACCCAGCGGUUGAGGAGUGAAGGUCAGCAGCAGCAUGAAAAGACAUCCAGAAAUUCUCCAGAGAAGAAAGCACCACCCAGAAGUGUCACUUCACAACCACUGGAGAAGCACGCUGGAAAAAAUGUCCAGUCUUCAUCUGGUUUUUCUGAGCCGUGUAUGGAGGAGACGCAUUGUAACUUCAGACCGUCCACCUCUCCUCUUACGCACUCUUCUCCAAGUCAGACAUCUGUUCCCAGUGCAGAUGGUAUGCUGUCACCACCUUCAUCUGGUGGAGGGCUGGCAAACAGACUUUCUCCUCAGAGUAACGGCUCCAGCCCUAGUCUCAGCAGGCUCACAUACAUCUCACUGAAUGAUGGCACUGUCUUACCUACACCUGAGAGGAAAAAGAAUAACUCUAGCAUGGCACUGAGCACCACCAUCAUCAGAUUCAGCCCAACCCCACCUGUUGAACCAGGUGCACAGUCUCACCUGGACAUUCCAGGUCUUCACAAAAGCCUCGAUCAGGUGCAGCCACAGCAUUCCAAAAGUCUAGACCCACUUCCUGCUCAGCCACGUAAAAGCCCAGAGCCCUCUCGUAGUGGUUCUGCUCUGAGCUGCACUCGCAGCCAGAGUGAAUGUAACUACCACUGUCCUGGGGACAGAAGUGGGGACAGAAGUGGGGACAUUUCCACCAGCUGCAGGAACCACAAACACCUCUCUGAGUCUAAUGUAAGGCAACUCACUAAAGUGGACUCAGGAUAUUGUAGCAAUCUGAACAUUCAACAAACUAGCACCUCUACCGCUCCUCAAAGCUCCCAGCAGUGGGGUACUGCUGGGUCAGUGUCAGUGUAUGCUGGAGGCCUCGGGAUGCCUCCGUCCUAUUCGUCGGAGGGACUUCACUAUGUGCCCAUCCCCAGCUUUAAACCUCAGUGUCCUGGCAUGAUUGACCUUCCCCAUCAAGGAGAUGUGCAGUCUCUCCUCGCCGGACGCGCUCUCUUAAACACUCAGCUGGCUCAGCAGUAUCUGGGACCGGAAACUCCGUUACAUCUAGCUGCUUAUGUGGGAGCACCAGGAAGCAGUCUCUAUAGCAUGACCUCUGCAGGCAUACCAAACAGUGAUCUAACAGUGAGACAUAUUCACACUGCAUCAGGCCAUUUGGGGAUUUCUGGGGCUGCUGGGUCCCAUCUCCUUCCUAGACCACAUCCGAGCCAACAGGACAUUGGAAUGAUGGGGAAACCCUUCAGUCAGUAUCCGGCAGAUCCACUGGUGACAAGUGGUCUUGAAGAACUGAGAGGCCAAGUGGUGGUGCCAGAGGAGCUGCGGUUUCCUCAUGCCUGCUGCGUGGGCAUUGCCUCACAGACCUCCCUCAGCCUCUUUAACCCCUCUGAGAGAUGGCAACAAGUUUCAAUUACUGUUAAUAGUCUGUCAAUUGACGGAGAGAAGGUGGACAGCUUGCCUUACCAGUGGCUGAUGGUGAAGAACAAGACAAUCAUUGGCCCAAAGAGUACUGAAGAGCAGAAGGUGUUGUUCAUCCCUCCCCACAGCGGCGUCUACCAGUGUAUCCUUAGUGUUAGCUCCUGGCCGGCAUCUGCUGAGUCAGAGGUGGCUGCCAGGGCUAACAUCUUUGCCAGAAGGGUGGUGCUUGUUGCCAUAGCAGAGAACCCUGUUCUAGAGGUUGAAGUGAGCAAAUCUGGUUGCUUGGAUUUUGGAGACCUGCCUGGGGGCGGGGCUAAAUCUCUUCCUCUGAAAUUGCUCAACAGGACACACGCCACAGUACCCAUCCGACUGGUCAUCAGUGCGAACGCCACAGCAUGGCGAUGCUUCACCUUUUCCAAGCACCCUGUUACCAUGACAUCUGAGGGAACACAGCCGGCUGGACACAUGACCCCCAUAUCCUCCCCCUCUGUGGUGAAUCACGUGAUGCAUGCCAGCUACGGAGAGAAUCCAGAAAGCUUCAUGGUCUGGGUUCAUUUCAAGGCCCCUCAGAAGUACACAGCUUCUUCAGGAGAGCUUGGCCCAGCUGAUGAGUACAGUGCACGUGUGGACAUUGAAGUGGACUCCCCCGGUCAAAGUCGUGUGAUCAGGAGCAUUCCCCUCAGAGCCAGGUCGGGAACUGCAAGGGUCCAUGCUCCUAAAGAUCUGCAGACUGUCAGCUUGUCUGCUCCACUGGGUAAAUCCAGUCAACAGACGUUGCCAUUAAAGAAUGCAGGAAACAUUGAUGCGCAGCUGAAACUCAAGUGCAGUGACAGCGAGGACAGUUUUUCUGUCACACCCGAUGAACUGACGCUGAGAGUGGGAGAGGAACACACCAUCGUUGUGUUUUUCAAAGCACAGGGCACCAGAAGAUGUAGAGAGAGCCUUCUCACCAUUUUGGUGCUACCAUCCGGCCCUCAGUAUGAAGUAACGCUAAAAGGAGAAGUAACCCCCGAGGACUCUGGAAAACAUUCGCUCCCGUCUGCUGCUGCUGUGUGCGGCCCUGGUCUGACCAAUAACGUCCCACCAAUCCUCUCUAAUAAGCAGUUUGUAGCCUGGGGAGGGGUCACCCUGGGACGUGCUGUCCAACAGAAGCUGGUUCUUAGGAACAACUCAACUGACGUCACACAGCAGCUGCGUUUGCUUAUUCGAGGCCAAGACCAAGACUGUUUUCAGCUCCAGAGUUUGUUCAGUCCUGAAGAACGUCUGACCCGACAUGGAGAGCUGUCCCUCCGUCCUAGAGAGGACGUGACCAUCCACCUUCUUUUUGCUCCCACUAGAGUGGCCUGCAUGUUGGCCAAGCUGGAGAUCAAGCAAUCUGGAGUCCGGCCUUCACAGCCAGGGGUUAAAUUCACUAUUCCACUGUCUGGUUAUGGCGGCACCAGCAAUAUCAUCCUAGAGGAACAGAGGAAACAGGCAGAUGGCUACGUGACGACGCUGACCGACAUCGCUGUUGGUCAUGUCAGCAAAGUGUGUCUGUGCGUGAGGAACACAGGCUCCAGAGCAGCUUUCAUCAAAGCUGUGGCCUUCUCUGAUGUUCAGAAUCGAUCACUUAUGGAGCCCUCAGUCAUCAGCCUCGCACCUUCACAGUUUGUACUAAAGGAAAGGACACAAGAGGUAAUCACUGUGCUAAUGAAGUCCACCCAAAGAGAACAGAGCCUUUGUCAGUCAGCCAGUGCACUGCUGGCUACAGUCUGUCUGUUCUGUGGUGAUGAGGUCUCCAGGCAGCAGUACAGGAGGUUACUUCAGAGCAAGCCAGAAGUUGCACGGAAGGCCCUGUCUGAGAACAGUCUGCUGAAAAACAUAGACUUUAAUGAGAAGUUCCUGGGAGAAGAAAAUGUUACUGAGGCCUAUGACCUGCCCCAGCGGCCCAAUGAGGCCCACAUCUUUUAUGGCAACAUGAGUAAGGUGGUCGUGUCGUUGCUUGGAAGUACUAAGAGCACAGACUUUGAGGAGAGCGAGCAGCUCAGAACCAGCCCAGAGACAGACAGUGGGUCAUCAAAUGGCAAUGUGUCUCUGGAUGUGCUGCCAGUGAAAGGGCCCCAGGGUCCAGCACUGAGAGUGGCUGAGUCUUCCUUAAAGGCUUCAGAGCCAUUACACAAACAGUCUGAGUCCUGGACCAUUCACCCAGAACAACUUGUCCUUGCAGCUCCCACCAUCAAUGGUCCCUCCACCACCAGUCAGGUCCAGAUCCGAAACUGUACUUCCAGAGAGUUGAGCUUUGAUUUGUCCUGGCCUGCCCACUGCCUCACCAUCACUCCACAGCAUGGAGUUAUCGAGCCUCAGUGCCACCUGCAGAUCUUGAUCAGCCCCAACCCCUCACUAGCAACUAAAUCCUCCCUACUUCCAUGGAGUGGACAGAUUUACGUGCAGUGUGAUGGUCAGCAGAAGUUUAUUAAAGUUCAGAUUCGUCGAGACCUUGCUCUGGAUGUGUCUACAGCCCCAGCAGAUGCAAGUCUGUCAGCCCUGCCUCCUCAGGCUGCUACCCCCUCGUUGCCUGUGGGCAGGCUCACCAUGAGGCCAUCGCUUACCCCGCAGACGCCUCAGGCCAUGCUAGAGAUCAACAACAAGACCAUCCUCUUCCCCACCACCCCCUCGGGGGAAACAUCGGAGGCUCAGCUGGAGGUGCAGAAUGGGGAAGUGGAAGUGAGGUGGUACCUGUCAUCAUUUGCUCCUCCAUAUGUCAAGGGGGUUGACAACACUGGAGACGUUUACCGGGCCACCUACACUGCUUUUAGAUGCUCCAGGGUCUCAGGAACCCUGGGAGCUCAUGAGAAGAUGCAGGUGCCCAUUACCUUCCUACCCAGGGACAGAGGGGACUAUGCCCAGUUCUGGGACUUGGAGUGUCACCCUGUGUCUGAGCCCCAGCAGAAAACCAGAAUCCGCUUCCAGCUCUGUGGCACCGGAAUAACGUCCGGACCAGUGGGAGGACCACAGGAAGGAGACUGCUCUCUGGUGAAGACAGAGGCCGCAGUCAAGACCAAGAAGACACCUGAAUCCUCAUCAGGCAAAACCAGCCAGGAGGAGACUGUGCGGAGGUGUGUGUAUUCUCCACAGGACCUGUACACCUUCCCAGCCACACGGGUGGGUGAGUCCAGCUCUCUAAAGGUCAACAUCCGCAACAACUCGUCCGUCACGCAUGAGCUGAAAUUUGUAAACCCUAGGGAGCCCUUCUACAUCAAGCAUUCCAAAUACUCUCUGAGAUGCCAGCACUAUCUGAAGCUACCUGUCCAGUUCAAGCCCAGUACUGCAGGCGGACACACCGGUUUGCUGCUCAUCCAGUCAGAAACAAGUGGAAGUCUUGUUAUUCAGCUGACUGGUGAGGCAUUGCCUUGAAUUCACCAGUUUUACCAUCCUACGCCACCUCCUCAUGCUGCCUGGCUUUGCGUGGAUGCUCCUCUCUGUGCUCUUCAUUGUGGGAGAGAUGAGAGUGACAGAGAAGAAGAGGCAAAGGAGCUAAGGAUCAAAUAAUGGCAGUGCUGGAUCUGAAUCCUCCUUUUGCCAUCAUGUUUGGAGAUGUGCACUGUAGCUGAUUGAGUGGGACUGACUGAGACUCCUGCCAACACAGUCCCAGCUGCCUCUGGAUAAAGCACAGGUGUCCUCAGCUGGCCCAUGAAAAAUGAUCGUCCCCGUUUGUGCCUGAAGCUGAAUGGUUUGAAUCUGGCCAGCUCACAAUUAGUCUGCACCGCUGUGGCAUUCCAAAGAGCUAAUAAUUUUUGUCACUUGACUCUGGAUCUGGCAUUUUGCUUUAUCCCUGAGUCAUGUCACAAGGCAGCACUGUUGUUGUUGCCACAGUCGGUCAGGCAGCAUUGGUACCAGUUGAGAUACUUUGGGAUUACUUGGAGUUGGGCAUUCAGGAGUGCCUUUGUUUGCUGUUUGGUAAUAUCGCUGCAGGGACUUUGUUUUUGGAAAAGCCACAUUGUUGCCUUUUAUUGUUGUGUUACAUAGUGGAAAUCAGAAAAAAAAAAACCUUUUUGUCUCAGAACCUGAUGCAGUCAUUUCUGCCAUUAACUCCCAAUUGAAACAAGGACCAGAAUAGAUUUAAAGCUUCAGUUUUCCUGGAGUGCAUUUUUAAAACUGCUCUUCUAGGUCUGUCUACAUUUCACAUUUUCCUCAUCUUCUGUGCUAGUGUUUGUUUCUAUGGAGAUGGCGCUUCAUUUUGCAGGGCCCACCUGCACAGUGGCCUUUGUCAGCACCAUGUGCUGACUUCCACACAACCUCCAAGACUCAUUCCAAACAGUCCAGAUGUACUUAAUUUAGUCAUGUUCAGGGCAGCUCACAGCAACAUUAGGAUGGUUAAUGAUUGUUAUUACAUGCUAAAAGAGUUUCCUCUGGUGGGGUUUUCGUUCGGCAGCUUGCCAGGUCUGUUCAGUAUGGUUGCCAUGGUAAAACUGGUGUUAAUCACUGUUCCAGUCACAGAAAAUUAGCUCCCUGUUUCCUCUUUUAGCUCUGGGGCAAAUGGCCAAAAUUGCUUGGGGGUUUUGGAGUUGCUUCCAUAAUCAGUUUUGGAACUGGAAUGAGAUGGGGAUGGGCAAAUACAUGUACACUUCAUCACAGAUGUGUUGUUAACCUGCUAGGUGCCACACGUUGUGACAAUACUUUGAAGAACACAAUUCUUUAGUACUGUUUUUCUUUUUCUUUUUUUUUUAUACUUGUGUAGCAAGUUUUAACAUGAAGGCAGCAUACUGUCAAACACCCCAACAUGUUUUGAUUUACAAUUUGCACAUGCUUUAAAUAGCAGUUAUGUAAUAUAUUGUAUGUAUUGUAUGUUUAAAUAAAGAUUUGUGACAA